AUGUGGUUACAGUUGAUCGCAGUGGUAUUCUCAUUGAAUUGCUUCUCGCCGGUUUUAAUGUAUUAUAUAUAUGACGAGAACGCUAUGGUUGGUUUUAUAUCGCCUACAAGUGUCGGGGCUUACGGUAAAAACAGACAGCCGGUACAUAAGAAAUAUCUCGUUGGUAAUAAUAAUCAAAAGAACAUGAAGUUAGUCAACGAACGAGCUGUGGAUUCCCAUUUCCAAAUAUCGAAAACGUCGCCUGUGUCUUUUGCAGCUAAACCUAAUAUAGAGAAAAGUGAUACGAAAAACAUACGAAAAGAUACGGAACCACCGCGUCAAAUUAACUUUAAAGAUCAGAAAAUUGAGAUUCAACAUAAAAAAAAUCAAACUCAGCCCUCUAUGAAGAAAGUCGACUCACAUAAAGUUGAGCAGAAAAAAGUGACAGAUCUAAACGACCAGAAAAAACGUGUCAAUGAUGCGUUAUUCAAACUAAUAACCAACAACAUUUGGAAAAUAGAAACGUUAUAG